CUCAGACCGCCCAUGUAACCCUACCGGUCCGUUGGGUCGCGGGUGAACCGGGUCCACGGAAGGCGGGUGUUACAAUUUGGUAUCAGAGAAGUUUGGUUCUUGUGAAAAAAAACAAACAUAUUCUGUCAUCUUGGUCAAAAGGUAUUUUUCAAAAAAAAAAGUCCACAGCCGCAUCUCCCAUCACAUCACUUCCAGGGAAAGGUACACCGUUAUUUUAUUCACAUGUAUGUCAUAUUAUAGUUAGUUCUGAUUUAAGCUAUUCCUAUAGAGAAUGAGUCAAGCAGCGGGCAACGAUGGACAGGCUGUCCCAGAGGGGGAGCCUGAUCACGUGAGCGUGCACACGGAGGCGUCAAGCUUCACCCCACAGCAGGCCCCAGAGCAAGCAACCCCGGGCGCGGGCCCUGUUCUAAAAGCUUCCCUUAUCAUUCAGCCGCAGUUCGCGGCCAACUUCAUGAAUUUCCUCCAGCAGAUGGACUCUGCCUAUGACUCGUGGAAACGCGUGGGAGCAGACGUCCCCGAGCCCGUGCCGUGGGCCAUAUUUGAGCAACUGUUCUAUGACGAGUACAUUCCAGAGCACUUCGUCGAGGCGAAGCGAGAGGAGUUUCUGAAGUUCACCCAGGGUGAACUCACUCUACCCGAGUAUCGUCAGAAGUUUGACGAGCUCGCUGGGUUUGGGCAGGACCUCAUCCCGACCAUGAAGAAGCGAUGCAAACGCUUCGUGGAGGGCUUACGUCCUGACCUUUCAGGUCAUCUAAUCAUAGCUCGUUGGGGUGACAUCAACGCGUUGUACAAAAAUGCCUUGGACUUGAAUGCGGCCCUCAUUAAGAAGGCCGAGUACGAGCAGUCGCAGGAGAGGUCAGCAGCACCAUCUCGUCUUCCUCCGUCUCAGAAGGCAGGGGCCAGCAGCAAAAGGUCGAUCGCAACACCUAGCACCUCUCACCAGAGCAAGAAGGUGAAGUCAGCCCCAACUCAGUCAUCUGCGUUCGUCCAGAAGAAGGGCAAAAGCGGAGAUGGGUAUCGCUACCCGAUCUGCAACCUUUGUGGACGCAGGCAUCCGGGAGAGUGUUGGUUUACUCAGGGCCUAUGCCUUGAGUGUGGCCAGGCUGGGCAUUUCCGCAAGGAGUGUCCGAAGAAUCCGGCAUUAAUUGAUCCGGGUUCUACUUUAUCAUAUGUUUGUAUGCCUAUUCCCGUUAUGCCUAACAUCCCGAGGGAAGACUUGGAUAAUCCGGUAAUCGUGUCUAACCCAUUGGGACACAGCCUACGAAUCACCCGUGUGUAUCACGACUGUCCAUUAGUGGUCCAGGGAAAGACCUUCCCUGCAAAUCUCAUUGAGCUUCCACAUCGUGAGUUUGAUGUUAUUCUAGGCAUGGAUUGGCUCACUACCAACCAAUCCGUUGUUGAUUGUGGAGCGCAUACUGUUCGGUUGAGAGCCGAAGACGGUAGCGACAUUCUGAUCUGUGGUGAGCUUCUUCCGAAAGCUCUAGAAUUUAUUUCCUACAUUCAUGCUCACCGACUCAUUCGCAAGAAGUGUGAAGCAUUCUUGUGCACAGUGUGUGACGCUCGUUUGGAGGCACCUAGUAGGGGGGACAUCCCUACGCCUACAUUACGUCAGCAGAUAGCAUCGGCUCAGAGCGGCGACGAAUUUUGUGUCCAGACCAUUGAGCUCGUCUCUCGGGGCGAGAAGCCAAAUUUCACAGUUCAAGAUGAUAUAGAGGACAUAGAGUGUCAACUUGCUGGUCCGAUGAAUGAUGAUAUGCUCACACUUCAAAACACUCAUCGAUCCAGUCGUGUUUGGUCUGAUCCGGCUUUCGCAGACAAAAAAGUAUCAUGGGCCGACCGGGUUAUAAAACCUGAAAGGGUUCAUCCGGAGCCCACUCCCGAGCUUGAGGAUGCCUGCGAGAAACUUCUCAAGGGUGAUCUUGUGACCGGGAAGCCAUACGCCUACGGAGGCUGGGUGUACCGGUUACCCAACCUAGAUGGGGACAUGAACUUCACCCGGUUCGUCAACCUUGAUGAGGAUGAUGAUGAAGUCCUCCAUGGCGACCAGCCUCUUUUCUCCGAGCCCCCUUCCUCUCCCCACAUGCCUGAAAAGGAAGGGGCUACCUCUGCCCGGUAUACCCCUCUCGAUGAGCUUAUCCGGGAUAAGAAGGUUGGAGUUAUAUCUGAAGAAGUUGGUCGGUCCCUCCUUGAGCCAAAGGACCAGGUUUCCCAGCUGAACCUUCUGCUCGACUCGGCCAAGUCAGAGAUAAAUGACCUGGUCGAGAGGGAGAGACGACUGGAAGUAGAGCUGAGGGCUGAGAAGGCCAAGCUUGAGGAGGAAAGAGCCCUGCUGGAGGAAGAGAGGGCCAGGUCUGCCCGGUUGGAGGAGGAAGGGAAGAGGAAGGUCGCCGAGUUGGAGGAGGCGUUGGUCCAAGUUGAAGAAUCUGCCCGGGUCAAGGAAGAGUCUUUUCCUGAUGAUGCGGCGAAUUGGGCCGCCUGCCACCACACUGAAGUUUCCCGGUCCAUUCUCACCAAGCUGGAGGAUACCAUGGACUUUUUGAAAGUCAUGUACAAGGAACCGGAAGGGAAGAGGAUGAUAACUGAGAUUGGUUCAUACGGUUUCUAGUGUGGUCAGAAGGAAGAGAGGUCCCUUGUCUAUGCCAGGCUCCAAAAGAGGGAUCCCUCAUUUGACCCAGCCAAGAUGAAACUCCCAACUUUAUACAAGGAAGAGCCAGCUCCCCCCUUUCUCCUAGAGUAGGUUAGGGUAUGUUUUUCAAAAAACUUUGAAUUUCCCAAGGCCUAGGGGAUGUCUGGCAUAAUUUGACUUGUGUAAUAUUAACAUUUUUCUUGGUAUGCCUUUAAAUUUUACCGGUCAUAUUAACUUCAAGUUGCAUGGUUGGACUUCUUUUCUCGCAUGGUUAUCGUUUCUUGCAUGAUUGCUUUUCUUGCCCCGUCUCUUUUUUGAAGUUGCCUGGUUAUACUCGCUUUUUCUUGAAUGCCUUCAAUUUAACUUCCAAGUCAAAAGAAAUAGCCGGUCUUAUA